AUGGCCCGGAGGGCAGGUCUGGGCCCCGGGCUGCUGAAGGCAGUGAUUCUUCUGCUCUUGCUUGGAUUAACCCCAUACGCGUUGGGUGAGUGUGUGUGCCAGGCUGGGAGCUGUGGUGUAGCCCCCCACGCACGCAUCUCAGGGGGAAGCAGCGCGGUUCCUGGUCAGUGGCCCUGGCAGGUCAGCAUCACCUACUAUGGCACUCACGUGUGCGGCGGCUCGCUCAUGUCUGAGGAGUGGGUGCUGUCAGCUGCUCACUGCUUUCCCAGGGAACACCGCAAGGAAGACUACGAGGUGAAGCUGGGCGCCCACCAGCUGGACUCCUACACUCCUGAUGCCGAAGUCCGCACUGUGGCGCGUGUCAUCUCCCACUCCAGCUACCGAGAGGAGGGCUCCCAGGGCGACAUUGCACUUGUCCGCCUGAGCCGCCCUGUCAGUUUCUCCCGCACCAUCCGGCCCAUCUGCCUCCCCGCUGCCAACGCCUCCUUCCCCAAUGGCCUGCGUUGCACGGUCACUGGGUGGGGCCAUGUGGCCCAUUCGGUGAGUCUGCAGGCCCCCAGGCCACUGCAGCAACUUGAGGUGCCACUCAUCAGUCGGGAGACAUGUAAGUGCCUCUACAACAUUGACCCCAACCCGGACGAGCCCCAUGACAUCCAGCCGGACAUGGUGUGUGCUGGCUAUGUGCAGGGGGGCAGAGACGCCUGCCAGGGUGACUCUGGGGGCCCACUUUCCUGCCCUGUGGGGGGCCUCUGGUACCUAGCAGGGAUCGUGAGCUGGGGUGAUGCCUGCGGAGCCCCCAACAGGCCUGGCGUAUACACUCUGACCCCCACAUACACCUCUUGGAUCCAACAUCACGUGGCAAACCUGGAGUCCCAAGUGGUACCCCAAAUCGAAGAGUCUCAGCCGGACAUUAACCUCUGCAAUAAACAUCUGGUCUUCAACUCUGCCCCAGGUCAGGGCUGGUGGGGGCCUACGCUUCUGCUGCCACUCAGCCUGACCCUGGGCCUCCUCCUUCGGGAACGCUGA